AAUGAGCUGUGAUCAAUAUUUAACAUUUAAUAAUGGCAUUAAAAUGCCGGCUUUGGGCUACGGCACUUGGCAAGCCCCCGACGCUGAGGUUGAAACUGCCUUACAUCUUGCCCUGGAGGCUGGCUAUCGUCAUAUCGAUACAGCCCCGGUAUAUAUGAAUGAAAAGGCUAUUGGAAGAGUUCUGAAAGAAUGGCUAGACUCGGGACGUAUUAAACGCGAGGAUUUGUUUAUUACCACAAAAUUGCCACCACCAGCCAAUGUUCCGGAUUAUGUUGAGCCCACUUUGCGUAACUCCUUGGCCGAUUUACAAUUGGACUAUAUCGAUUUAUAUUUGAUUCACACACCAUUUGGAAUUGUGUUGGAAAACAACGAUUUCAAGCGUGAUGAAAAUGGUCAUGUUGUUGUAGACCCUACCACCGAUCAUGUUGCUGUUUGGAAGAAAAUGGAACGCCUUUUGGAUUUGGGCUUGGCAAAGUCAAUUGGCAUUUCCAAUUUCAAUCAAAAGCAAAUUCAACGGGUCUUGGAUAACUGCACAGUUCGGCCAGCUAAUUUGCAGAUCGAACACCAUGUCUAUUUGCAACAGCCGGAUUUAAUUGAAUACUGCAAAAAUGAAGGUAUUGUCGUUACCGCUUAUUCGCCACUCGGUUCGAAGGGUAUUGCCAAUCUAAAUAAAAUGGCUGGCAUUGAGCGAGAACUACCCGACUUAAUGGAUAUCCCUGUGGUCAAGGAGAUUGCUGAGGCCCAUGGCAAAACCCCUGCCCAAGUUCUACUACGUUGGAUAUUGGAUUGCGGCAUAGCCGCCAUACCAAAAAGUACCAAUGCCAAGCGUCUGAAAGAGAACUUGGACAUUUUCGAUUUUAAUCUCACCGAUGAGGAAAUUGAGAAAAUGAAGGCAUUGGAUGCCAAUGUUCGAAUUUGUGAUUUUAAAUUUUUCCCAGGUGUUGAGAAACAUCCUGAAUUCCCAUUUUAAGCAAUCUCAAGAAUUGGAA